AUGAUCAAUAUCGGCGGCGUUGUAUCCAUCAUCAUUUUUUAUAUUUUGAUUUUGAUCGUUGGUAUUUGGGCAGCAAGGAAAAAGGAAGAAGGAAAUAAUUCAGAGGAGGAAGUUAUGCUUGCAGGGCGAAACAUUGGUCUGUUCGUGGGAAUAUUUACAAUGACAGCUACAUGGGUUGGUGGAGGAUAUAUAAAUGGGACAGCGGAAGCCACGUAUAGUCAAGGUUUGAUUUGGUGUCAAGCACCUUUUGGUUACGCCCUUAGUUUAGUAUUUGGUGGUAUAUUUUUCGCAAACAAAAUGAGAAAGCAAGGUUACGUCACAAUGUUGGAUCCUCUUCAAGAUUGCUUUGGAGAACGAAUGGGUGGACUUCUAUUCCUACCGGCUUUGUGCGGUGAAGUUUUCUGGGCUGCAGGAAUCCUGGCAGCUUUAGGAGCAACACUCACAGUUGUUAUCGACAUGGACCACAGAACCAGUAUAAUUUUCAGUGCGUGCGUUGCAGUGUUUUAUACCCUUUUUGGGGGACUUUAUUCUGUAGCCUACACGGACGUCAUACAGCUGUUUUGUAUUUUUAUUGGGCUGUGGUUAUGUAUACCAUUCGCGUGGUUGAAUGAACAUGUGAAGCCCUUGGGUUCUAUGGAUGUCGAUUGGAUCGGAGAAGUAGAAUCGAAAAAGAUCUGGUAUUAUAUUGACAAUGAACUUCUGCUGAUAUUUGGUGGCAUACCAUGGCAAGUGUACUUCCAGAGGGUACUCUCUAGUAAAUCAGCUUACAGAGCACAACUGUUGUCAUAUGUAGCAGCUUUUGGAUGUUUUAUCAUGGCUAUUCCUUCAGUUCUCAUAGGAGCCAUAGCGAAAGCCACCGAAUGGAAUGAAACAGCUUAUACUGGCCCUUAUCCAUUAACUCAAGAAGAAGUUGGUAAAAUUCUUCCCAUGGUGCUUCAAUUCCUUACCCCCAGUUUUGUUUCGUUUUUCGGAUUGGGAGCAGUUUCAGCUGCUGUUAUGUCUUCAGCCGAUUCCAGUGUACUAUCAGCAAGUUCUAUGUUCGCAAGGAACAUUUACAAGUUGAUGAUACGACAGCGUGCUUCAGAAAUGGAAAUAAUAUGGGUCAUGAGGGUUGGAAUAUUUAUAGUAGGAGUGUUGGCCACCAUUAUGGCUUUGACCAUUCCUUCAAUCUACGGAUUAUGGUCGAUGUGUUCUGACUUCGUUUAUGUCAUACUCUUUCCACAACUGCUCAUGGUAGUUCAUUUUAAAAACUAUUGCAAUACUUAUGGUAGUUUAGCUGCUUAUAUUAUGGGAUUAUUCGUGAGGAUAUCGGGAGGCGAGCCACAACUCUUCUUGAAACCUUUCAUAUACUAUCCGGGAUAUGACGCUGAAGAAGGUCUUCAGCUGUUCCCAUUCAAAACCAUGGCCAUGUUGAUAUCCUUGAUAACAUUAAUAACUGUUUCAUGGCUGAUGAAAUGGUUGUUUGAGUCUGGCAAAGUAGCGCCUAGGUACGACAUAUUUCAUUGCAUAGUGAACAUCCCGGAGGACAUCCAAAGGGUCGGUGAGCCUUCCGAAGAUGGUGAACAAAUGUCUGUCAUGGCCUCAGGGAAUGCCAAAAGCUAUGGGGCAGCGACGAUGGUUGGGAAAGAUGAAAAAAACGGCAGAAUCAAUCCGGCACUUGAACCUGACGAUGAUAUCCUUGCUUCGGAGGUUGAAAGGAAUAACAGCUUGAUCGGUAGUAGUGGCGGUGGUAUUAGGAGCGACACAAACCCUGCCGAAGUGCAAACAGCACUUUAACUCUAGAAGAACUUUUGCUCUGAUAGUUGCGUGUAGUCACAAAUUAUAUCCUGCAAAUAGAUCAGGCGAAUGGAAGUACCCAAGUAUUAAACUCAUACAUAUCAUGAAACGUGUCCUAAAAUGAAACGAUACAUAUCAAUUUGUCCUUCUGUUUAAUAAAAAUGAAUGAAGAUAAAAUUAAUUUUGGAAUGGACGUUAAAAGGUAUUAAAGUUUUGUCUGUUGAUCCCUAUCGAUGUUAAUGUUGUUAUUGUUGUUGUUGUUGUUGAAGAUGUGAUUUUAAAAAAGUUUUCGCAAUUUAUGAAGGUUAUAAGAAAAUCCCAGGAGGAUGCAAACUAAAUUUUUUCCUAUAUGUAGAUAAGUGAUUGUUUCAGAACUCAAAAAAAUGGAAACUGCAAAAAGUUUUCUAUCAAGUAAUUCUCCAUUUUGAUUACUAGAAGUAUUUUACCAUUGGCGAAAUGUUGGUGUGAAUUGACAUAAUUUAAUGUCCUUUCAGCCCUGAGAGACUUAUUUCAAAUAAUAUUUAUUAGACAGUUCAAUAAAACUUAUUAAAGUUACCCAGGUACCAAACCUAAAUACGGCAGUUUCUAUUGAAACAUUGCGAAUAUUAAUUAAUCUAACCGAAAGCCUGGCGUUGGAUUAAUACCGGUCUAAUUCUACAAUUUCAUGGUGAAUCUCUAUAUUUAAAUGUACUUUUUGACAAUAUACAGUUUAUACUAGAAAUAAGGCCUAAACAAUGAGACAAAAAAUAAUAGAUACUGAAUCUUCAAGAAUACGUAUUAACGGUUCAUUAAUGUGAGUACAAAGAAAUUUUUAUUUAUUUAAAUGAACAAAGUUAUUGUUGUCUGUAACGCGUAGCCUUUGCAUCCUAAAUAUUAAUUUCGAAAUGAAUAAACAAAUUACGAAAGGAGGUGAUGUCUGUCUGAGAGGGAAAACUUAGAACUCGAUCUCACGUUUGCUUUUAGCUAUUAUUACCAUACACAUCUGCAUGUUGACUAUUAGUACCUCAUUACCGGUAGUCAUACGUACACCUAUGUCUAAACAACUUUCAAAUCUAAAUUGAAUAAUUGCUUCUUAAGUAAACAGAAAAAGUGAAAAACUCUUAUGUCAUCAAUUGGUCGCUCACGAAUCAUAACAUAUACAAAACACAUCAUAUCUCUUAUUAUAGAAUAUUCAAUAACUCUCUUAUGACCCUUAGGUACCCAUAUUACAUGUAAAUAGUUAUUAAAUUAAUCUAAUGUAGACUAAAUAAAAUACUAGCACCCAGAGCUUUUAACGUCUAUUCCUGAAUUUAUCGGAAAAAAAUUAUAGUAUUUUGUUGUACCUACAUCAAAUUAAAGUAAAACUAAUUCCUUUCAGCCACAAUUAGCUAAGUUGAAAACGUGUGCUGAAAGAAAUUUGUUGAGUAAGAGAUGCUUGACGAUUAUAUUUGAAAGACUAAUUUCAGUUGCGAUCAUAAUAUAAAUAAUGUUUUAUAUUGAUAUUGUUGUAUAGUGUAAGUAUCUCCAGAAUGAGCGAUAUUUAUUUACAAGGUUGUAGAUACUUACUAUUUUUAUAUUGAAGUUGUUCUGUAGAAUUUUGUUUUAUAUAAAAAAAAUGUCUACAACUCCGUUACACACUUAGUCAAUUCUAAUUGUUUAAUAGUUAUUAGCACAACUUUGUAAACUAACGUACAUAUCAAAUAUAGAGA